AUGGAACUUAGUGACCGAUUGGUCAUCUCGAAACCGCUCUAUUUCAGCGAAGACAAGCAGAAAUGUGGGUAUUGUAGAGGUCAGAAAGAUCAAGAUGACGAAUUUUUCGCCACGGAAUCGUGGUCGAAAUUGCACGAAAACGACGCAUCCACAUUACAAUUCAACAAUUGUACACUCGGUUUGCAGGUGGAGCAUAUGCCCGUAGAGAUUUACGAUGAUCUGUGCAACGCUGGGUUUCGAAGAUCGGGGAAUUUUCUGUACAAAGCUGAUAUGUUACGCAAUUGCUGCCGACUUUACACGAUCCGGACCCGUCCAGAACAGUGCAAAAUGUCAAAAGAACUUAAGAGUUGUGUGUCGCGGUUUCGUAAACGAAUACAGGCGGCCAACAAACCGCGUUCCAAUGGGUUCAUCGACGAUAUUUGUAAGGCCGAACUUGAUAAUGACUCGUUCAAGACCCGAUUCGAGCCUCCAGUGUACAGUGCAGAGAAAUACCAACUUUUUGUGAAAUACCAAGAACAAAUUCACCAGGAUUUCGGUAGCAGCGUCCAAUCCUUUAAACGGUUUCUUUGUGAAUCUCCAUUCCCAGAAGAUGUCGUUAUGGGCACAGACGAAGAAUGGGCACAAUUGAACAAUUGGCGGAAACUUACGCCAAGUGAUCGACUGAAGCGUGUUGGGCCGGCUCACGAGUGCUAUUUUUAUGAAGGUAAAUUGAUUGCGCUGGCCGUGACCGAUUUUUUGCCAAGUGGUAUUUCGUCCGUUUAUUUCAUUUGGGACCCCGACUUCGCCAAUUGGUCGCUGGGUAAACUCAGUGCGCUGCGCGAAUUGAGUGUGCUUUCAAAGAUAAACCGUGAAUAUUACUAUCUCGGUUACUACAUAGACGAUUGUCCCAAGAUGAAAUACAAAUGCAAAUUUGGAGGCGAAAUUCUGGACGUUUGCAGCAAUCAAUACGUUCCUAUGGAAGUCGCGGCGCCCUUGAUGCAGAGGGGAAAGUUUUUCGUGCUUGCAAACAAAGAAGACGAUUUUGAUGACGACGAAUACUACGAUGAGGACGAUGACCCCGCAGAACACGCGCAAAGUGAACUUCCAAUAGACGAAAGACCCAAGUUUGACCUUUCACGUCCUACAAUAAACAUUGUCGAAAUGAUCUACGGCGAACACGGUGGGUCCAUAGAGUCUGCAAACAAGGCCGCAGAAAAACUCUCAGAGCUGGGGAUUGAGUACUCGCCUUCUUUGUCCAAUGACAUUUACAAACCAAAACUCGAACCUGCGUUCGGUUCUACUGCUCUCGCAGAAGAAAUUUACGAAGAAGAAGACGACGGUGAUGCGCCUGGCUACUUGAACCCGAUCUACCAUUUACCAAACGUUGUCCCUGGUCUGCUACCGCUGUGGCAGAUUUACCAUAUGAUUUCUUCUGGUGAGAUGAAUCGUCUCAAUAAUAAACUUAUGCUUUACAACACUCGUUCGGGCCGUAUACGGCUGGUAUACAAUUUCGACGCGGAGUCUAAGCGUACCAAGCGUGUUAUUUGCAACGUUAUCCGCAUGAUUGGUAUUCGAGCAACGGCUAAAUCUUUGAUCAUAGUUUAA